AUGAAAUCGGGUUAUUUACUUUCUAUCUCUCAAAGCUAUUUCCGUUAUGCCACACAUCAUAAUCAAGUUCGUCGUUUACAAUCCAUUGCUUUAAGACGUGAAGAUAAAAGUCAUUGGGAACGUCGUGUGGCUUUAACGCCAGAUACUGUUUCUAGAUUAAUAAAAGAAACUGGUGCCGGAGCAAUUGUUCAGGAAGAUAUCUCAAACGCUGAUGUUAUUUUGGGAAUCAAAGAAGUUCCAACAAACCAUCUGAUUCCAAAUAAAACUUAUAUGUUCUUUUCUCAUACUCAUAAAGGCCAGUUAUAUAACAUGCCUAUGUUACAAGACAUACUUGAUAAGAAAAUUAGGUUAAUUGAUUAUGAAUUAAUGACAGAUGCACAAAAACGGCGCCUAGUUUUAUUUGGAACGCAUGCUGGUUAUGCUGAAUUGGCAAAGUCUGCUGUUAAAGAUAUAGGUGACGCAAUUGCCGAUGACGGCCUUCCAGAUGAUUUCAAUCCUAUGACUUUUGUCUUUACUGGAACUGGCAACGUUUCUAAUAUUGCUCCGUACACGUCAAUGCUUAUUCAUGGUUCCUAUUGGGACUCUCGAUAUCCUCGACUUAUUACCAAGGAUCAACUUCGCGAGAUACAAGAAAAUUCUAAUAACCGCAGAUUGUUGUGCAUUGCUGAUAUAAGUUGUGAUAUUGAGGGCGCUUUAGAAUUUUCCCAUUCAACAACCAUCGAUGAUCCAUUCUUUUAUGUAGAUGCUGUCAAAAAUGUGGAACAUAAAAAGUAUGCAAAUAUAUAUUUAUAUUAUACUUACAAAGUCCUCGAUUCUGACUUUACUUUUUACAUAUGCAUUAGGGACGAAGGUAAAGGGACACAGAUCAUGGCUGUAGAUAUUUUGCCUACUGAAAUUCCUCGUGAAA